AUGAGGGAACAUUACCUUCAUCUCCUCCUCCUCCUCGUUGUUUCCCUCUUCGCCAUCAAAACCCAUUCCUCCUUUACACCUUCCGACAACUACCUCAUCAACUGCGGCUCCUCGUCCGAGACAAAACUCCCCGACGGUCGGACUUUCAAAUCCGACCAGCAGUCCGUCUCCUUCCUCCAAACCGAAGAAGACAUCAAAACCUCCGUCGACACCAUCCCCGUCUCCUCCGACACCCUCCCUUUAUACCUAACCGCCCGCAUCUUCCCCGGAAAAGCAACUUACUCCUUCUACAUCUCCCGCCCCGGCCGCCACUGGAUCCGCCUCCAUUUCUACCCUCUCCCUCACCCUCUCUACAACCUCACCGACUCCGUCUUCACCGUCACCACCGACACCACCGUUCUCUUGCACGACUUCUCCGCAUCAGACGCUUCCUCCGUCGUCUUCAAAGAGUAUCUCGUCUACGCAUCCGAGAAGCUCUCUCUUUAUUUCAAACCCCACAAAGGCUCCAUCGCUUUCGUCAACGCCGUGGAGAUCGUCUCCGUCCCCGACGAGCUCGUCCCCGACUCUGCUUCCUCUGUUCCGCAGGCUCCUGACUUCAAGGGCCUUGGAAGCUUCUCUCUCCAAGUCUCGCACCGGGUCAACAUCGGUGGAGACUUGGUCUCCUCAAAGAUCGAUCCUCUCUCUCGCACUUGGCUCUCUGACAAACUCUACAACUCUUUCCCCCAAGGCUCUAGUAACGUCACCGUCGAUCCCACCACGAUUACUUACCCUGAUGGCGGAGCCACGGUGCUGAUCGCUCCUAAUCCUGUCUACGCAUCGGCCGCUGAGAUGGCCGAUGCGCAGACCACCGAGCCUAACUUUAACCUGUCGUGGAGCGCGAGCGUUGACUCUGGUCAUGACUACUUCAUCAGGCUUCACUUUUGUGACAUUGUGAGCAAGUCUCUUAACGAACUUGUCUUUAACGUUUUCAUCAACGGGUUCAUUGCGAUCUCUGGACUCGAUCUUUCGGCCAAAACCAACGCUCUAGGGACAGCUUAUUACGCAGACUUCGUGCUCAACGCGUCCGCUAUCACCAACGGGACUGUCAUGGUUCAGGUCGGUCCGACACCUAACUUACAAUCAGGUAAACCGAAUGCGAUUCUCAACGGUUUAGAGAUCAUGAAGCUGAACAACGGAGCAGGGAGUUUAGACGGGCUUUUCGGAGUGGACGGGAAGUACAGAGGACCGCAUCUCGGGAUGUCGUCUAAGAAGCUAGCCAUUGCGGGUAUCGGGUUCGUGAUGGGUCUAACCGCGUUCUUCGGAGUUGUCGUGUUGCUUGUUAGAUGGCAGAGACGUCCUAAAGACUGGCAGAAGCAGAACAGUUUCUCCUCGUGGUUGCUUCCUUUGCACGCAGGACACUCGAGUUUCAUGUCGAGCAAGGGCGGGUCGACGACAUCGAGGAAGAUGAGCAUCUUCGGGUCGAAGAAAAGCAAAAGCAACGGCUUCUCUAGCUUCUUCUCAAACCAAGGGUUAGGUCGUUACUUCCCCUUCACGGAACUUCAGACCGCGACGCAGAACUUCGAUGAGAAGUCUGUCAUUGGUGUUGGAGGAUUCGGGAAAGUGUAUAUAGGAGAGAUCGACGGUGGGACGCAAGUCGCCAUCAAGAGAGGGAACCAGAGUUCGGAGCAAGGGAUCAACGAGUUUCAGACAGAGAUUCAGAUGCUGUCUAAACUCAGACACAGACAUUUGGUUUCACUUAUCGGGUUCUGUGAUGAAAACAAAGAGAUGAUUCUUGUCUACGAGUACAUGUCAAACGGUCCUCUACGUGACCAUUUAUACGGCUCUAAAGAAAACGACCCUAACCCUAUACCUACCUUGUCUUGGAAGCAACGCCUAGAGAUCUGCAUUGGCUCAGCGCGUGGACUCCACUAUCUCCACACGGGUGCAGCACAGGGGAUCAUUCACCGUGACGUCAAAACCACAAACAUCCUCUUGGACGAGAAUCUAGUCGCUAAAGUCUCAGAUUUUGGACUUUCCAAAGAUGCCCCUAUGGAACAAGGGCAUGUAAGUACAGCUGUGAAGGGUAGUUUCGGGUAUUUAGACCCCGAGUACUUCAGAAGACAGCAACUCACUGACAAGUCAGAUGUUUAUUCGUUUGGUGUGGUUUUAUUCGAGGUUUUAUGUGCUAGGCCGGUUAUAAACCCACAGUUACCUAGAGAGCAAGUUAACUUAGCAGAGUAUGCUAUGAACUUGCAUAGAAAAGGUAACUUGGAGAAGAUCAUUGACCCUAAAAUUGUGGGAACGAUUAGUAAAGGGUCGUUGAGGAAGUUUGUGGAGGCUGCAGAGAAGUGUUUGGCUGAGUAUGGUGUUGAUAGGCCUGGGAUGGGAGAUGUGUUGUGGAAUCUUGAGUAUGCUUUGCAGCUUCAAGAAGCUUCAGCUCAAGUUGAUUUGUCUGAAGAUAAGACUACAAUGAAUAUCCAGAUGGAGUUUUCCGGCGAGGAGAUGCAAUCUCCGCCGCAUCCUUUGCUGUGAGAUCGCCGGUUUUAAGUGUGAUUCUUUGUUUGUUUAGCUUGGCUUUCAUAAAGAUGUAGGAUUCAAGAAAGCCUUUGGUUUGUUUGUUUUUUUUUCAUUUUUAUCUUAUUUUCUUA